GGGAACUGAGGCCCAGAGAAGUGAAGUGACUACCCACGGUCACACAGCAGACAAGCGGCGGAGUCUACUCAUUCUAUCGCAUUCUCCCACGUGCCCUCUGCACACGGGAGCCCCUCCGUGGGGGUCGCCGGCCCCGGGACUCUGCUCUGCCAAGCCCACCAUGCCCGGGAUGCUGCUGCUGCUGCUGCUGACCACCGCCCUGCUCUCCAGCUGUGUCCAGCUCCUGGCCGGAGCCCACUCCUGGUGGUCUCUGGCGAUGAACCCCGUACAACGCCCCGAGCUGUUCAUCAUCGGUGCCCAGCCCGUGUGCAGCCAGCUCCCGGGGCUCUCCCCCGGCCAGAGGAAACUGUGCCAACUGUACCAGGAGCACAUGGCCUACAUCGGCGAGGGGGCCAAGAUGGGCAUCAAGGAAUGCCAGUAUCAGUUCCGGCAGCGGCGGUGGAACUGCAGCACUGUAGACAACGCCUCCGUCUUUGGGAGGGUCAUGCAGAUCGGCAGCCGCGAGACGGCAUUCACCUACGCCGUGAGCGCGGCCGGGGUGGUGAACGCCAUCAGCCGGGCCUGCCGAGAGGGUGAGCUGUCCACCUGUGGGUGCAGCCGGACGGCCCGCCCCAAGGACCUGCCCCGUGACUGGCUGUGGGGCGGCUGCGGGGACAACGUGGACUACGGCUACCGCUUCGCCAAGGAGUUCGUGGACGCCCGGGAGCGGGAGAAGAAUUUCGCCAAGGGGUCGGAGGAGCAGGGCCGGGUUCUCAUGAACCUGCAGAACAAUGAGGCCGGACGCAGGGCCGUGUACAAGAUGGCAGACGUGGCCUGCAAGUGCCACGGCGUCUCGGGCUCCUGCAGCCUGAAGACCUGCUGGUUGCAGCUGGCCGAGUUCCGCAAGGUCGGGGACCAGCUGAAGGAGAAAUACGACAGCGCGGCCGCCAUGCGCAUCUCCCGCCGGGGCCGGCUGGAGCUGGUCAACAGCCGCUUCAACCCGCCCACCCCCGAAGACCUGGUCUACGUGGAGCCCAGCCCCGAUUACUGCCGCCGCAACGAAACCACCGGCUCGCUGGGCACCCAGGGCCGGCUGUGCAACAAGACGUCCGACGGCAUGGACGGCUGCGAGCUCAUGUGCUGCGGCCGGGGAUACGACCAGUUCAAGAGCGUCCAGGUGGAACGCUGCCACUGCAAAUUCCACUGGUGCUGCUUCGUCAAGUGCAAAAAGUGCACAGAGAUCAUCGAUCAGUACGUCUGUAAAUAACCCUCCCUCUUCCCCCCCCCCCCCGCCACCCUGGGUGCCCCCUUUCCCGCCUCCU